AUGACGCGGCUCGCGCACGCAACUACAUCCUUCCACGCCCUCGCAACCGGCGCGAUCAAUUCCAACCUCUCCUCCUGGAAUUCCAUCCCGGACUUCACGCGAGCCGACGCGGAUGUCACCAUCCUCCUGCUUAACCAGAGUGACACGCGAUACACCUCGCCCGUUUACGACCCGUGGUUCUCUGCCAACGUCACCUACAACUUCACCUACCAAAGUAACUUGAUAAUUGUAGCCGAUAGGUACCUCUCCGCACUCCUUUGCGCGGGCCAGUACCGAUUGCGCAACCCGUCCGCCAACAUCUGCACCCGCCUAGGCGUCCAGUUUGCCACCACGGAUCGCCUCCUAGUCGGCUUAGGCGAAGUCAACACGUGGGGCGCCGUGUCGGGACUCGGCGGAGCCGAAGCGCUGCGGGCCCCAACACCUGGCCGACGGGAAUGUCUCUCCGGUCUGCCGAACGAUCAGUGGCGGGCCGGGGUGGAAGGCUGGUUUCAGACGAGCUUAGCCAGGCUUCAGGCGGCGGUGGUGGAGUUUGCUGUCAAGGACCGCGAUGUUCCUGCGUCCGAAGAGGCUGGUGAUGGUGGUGAGAGAUCGGGACAAGGUCAAUGGAGCCUGGGGGCGUUUUCCGGCUUCGCCCGAACAACAGGAGCAGUGCGAGAACCAGCUUGUGAGGGCCGUCGGACAGGUGUAGAACUUUAG